UUGGAUGGGCUGCAAAGCGUCGGUACAGGUCCACGCCUCGGGGUGUCGGGAUGCCAGGAUGCCCGGGCCCCUCUGUGCUCCCCCUAAGUUCCCUUCCCCUGGCCUGAGCCUCCCAGCGCCGUGGGAACUACCUCCCGCUCUCCGUUGCUGGUCCGCAUCCUAGGAACGGCCUGUCACCCUCCCUACCUCGGCAUGUCCCCUCGACCAUGGGACGGGCAUGCGACUCGGGAGCCCAGUGGAGGCGCCCUCCCGAGGCAGUACUACUGCCCAUGCUGACUACCCAGCCCUCUGGCUGCCGAUGUCAUGAGUAACACCACAGUGCCCAAUGCCCCGCAGGCCAGCAGCGACUCCAUGGUGGGCUAUGUGUUGGGGCCCUUCUUCCUCAUCACCCUGGUCGGGGUGGUGGUGGCCGUGGUAAUGUAUGUCCAGAAGAAAAAGCGGGUGGACCGGCUUCGCCAUCACCUGCUCCCUGUGUACAGCUACGACCCUGCUGAGGAGCUGCACGAGGCUGAGCAGGAGCUGCUCUCUGACGUGGGAGACCCCAAGGUGGUCCAUGGCUGGCAGAGUGGCUACCAGCACAAGCGGAUGCCCUUGCUGGAUGUCAAGACAUGACUUGAGCCCCCUGCCCUGGUCUUCAGAACCAUGGGGUCCUGGAACGUCCAGGGCCCUGCAGCCUGCUGCUUCCCCCAGCUCCCCCUCCUGGGUACUGGGUCU